AUGUUUGCAGCAUCUAUCGGCCAUGGAGCUGUCGGCCCUGAAUCGUCUGUUUUGUUUAUUGUAUCAAACAAAGAUGCGAGUGGGACCUCGAGCCCACCAUCAGUCGCAUCCCUCAACAACACCAACACCAACAACAAUGGCAAUCUUCACGCCAACAGACCCAGGCCAUCUAGGCUAGGAGACGCAACCUCGGCGGCUGGGAACGUUCGUCAGGGUGACAGCUGUGCAAGGUCACCGUCGUCCACAGACCGACCUCGCAACACCCGUCAUUCUCACGGACACCAGCCUUCUCCUAGCCCAGACGCCUCACACCAAGUCGAAACGACGACUCUCCAUGCCGGGGCCGAUGGCGACGCCUUUGUCAGAACGGACUUGGCCACCUGCAACGAAAUAAAGUUUGCAACGAGCACCAAACAACUCUUGGAGAACUGUAGAACAGAUCGCGGGAAGUUCCUGCGGGCAAUCAGGGAAGCUAAAGCGGCUCUCCCAACCGGGCAUGGAUGGGAAGCCGCCAUAGCCACCAAGAAAGAAAAUGCUGACAUUCGCGAUAUAAUGAGGAUUUACCAUAGGUUCGAAUGCCACAAUAUUUACUCGCAUGUUGUCGAGGCAGGAUUCCAUACCGGCACUCAUUGGAUCCGGGAAAUGCGAACUGUGCUGGUUAAUAAGCUUUGCAAGGACUUCCCAGAGCGCUUCCCAAGCCAAAAGACGGCCAACAAAUGUUUGAACUGGGUUGAUCAGGGCUGUAGGUAUCGUGAAUGGACUGACCUGCUCAGCGAAACAUCAGAUCUUGGAUAUCUUCUCGCGCUGCCUGCAGAUGUGCCGCACUCAGCGUACACAUCCAGAUGUACCAAGGAGCAAAUGACUGCGGCUGCUCUCAGGUUCAAAAGUUUGGGCAUCGAUAAGCUGGUGGAGGAUUUGAAACUUUCGGAACUGGGCAACCAUGUCUCAACGAAAUUGAGGGAAAUGACGGGCAAGAAGCGCAAGGAUGCUGAUGAAGAGCUGAACCAGAACUCCCGCAAAUCACCGCGAUUAACGCCAUCCUCGGGCGCGGGCGAAUUGGGCCUCGUUCAACCGGCUGGCCAGUUGACUACGCCGCCCGAAUCAAUGCCAGCUGGUAUUGGCGACCUCUUUGGUUACCCUACUCACUGUUUGAUGCCACCUUUGGCGCAAGAAUAUUCCGGCGAUCAGGAACGGGACCGAGAACAUCAUAACACGAUCGGAACAAUGGUGGAUAGCUUUUUAGCCCCGUAUGACCCUUUCAACAACUUUGACAUGAGCUUACAGGCGUAUUCAGAGGUUUUCUUGAGUCAGUUUUCCGUUCUUUCGUCGUCAACCGAUAAGUAG